UAUCUAAACCCCAAAGAAGAAUAAUCUGUCAGAAAAGAUAGCUCUAGGACGAAGCUAGCUGUUUAGCUAAUGUAAAUAUCUCUAUCAAGAACAGGCUGGAGACAGCGGCGAUCACGUUACCAGAUAAUCCUUUCAGACGAAUAAGUGUCUGCCACUGAAGUAUGAUGAGCCAGCGGCGUGGUAUCCAUGUGGACCAAUCUGAGCUGCUCUGCAAGAAGGGUUGUGGUUUUUAUGGCAACAGAGCCUGGCAAGGCCUCUGCUCAAAAUGUUGGCGAGAGGUUAAUCAACGAGAAAAGCAAAGGCAAAUUCAAGAGGACUGGGCUCUUGCUGAGAGGUUGCAGAGAGAGGAAGAGGAAGCAUAUGCAAGCAGACAUCAGAAGGCACAAUCACAACCUGCAAUCACUCCCUUCAACAAGUUUGAAGAAAGAAAGACGAAGGAGAAGUCCAGCAAAGUCAACACAGUCACAAAGUUUUUCACUCCAUCGAUAAAAACACCACCCAAAAAAGAUGCCGGUCCCUUUGACGCACAGUCAACUCCAAGCCCCAGCUCUUCAGCCAGUCGACAGUCCACUCUGGACAGUGACCGCGCAGCGCGAGAGUUCAUUGAUUUCCUGAAGCCUGUGAAGUCUGGCAGGGAAAUCUUUAAACAGUGCAGGGCUUUCACUGAGAGCAUGGUGUACAAGCGGGACAUGGGAGCUGAUGAGCUAUCAGAGUCUGUGCAAGACUUCUACCAGAACCUCUCAGAACGUCUUCAGAACCAGUUCAAAGGUUCGUCGGAGCUUGUGGAGAAGGUUAUGGAUGAAGUAGAGAAGUACAUGAUGACCCGACUUUACACAGAGGUUUUCUGUCCUGAGACCACAGAUGACGAGAAGAAAGACUUGACUAUUCAGAAGAGAAUCAGAGACCUGCACUGGGUCACCAUAGCAAUGCUGUGUGUGCCGGUGGAUGAAGAGAUCCCUGAGGUCUCAGACAGUGUUGUCAAAGCUAUUACAGAUAUAAUUGAAAUGGACUCAAAGCAAGUACCCAAGGACAAGCUGGCGUGCAUUACUCGGUGCAGCAAGCACAUCUUCAACGCCAUCAAAGUGAGCAAGAAGGAGGCCGCAUCAGCCGACGACUUCCUCCCAACACUCAUUUACAUCGUGCUGAAAGCGAACCCUCCACGACUGCAGUCCAACAUCCAGUACAUCACCCGUUUCUGCAACCCCAGCAGACUCAUGACCGGAGAGGACGGAUACUACUUCACUAAUCUGUGCUGUGCAGUGGCCUUCAUAGAGAAACUGGAUGGCCAGUCUCUGAACAUGAGCUCUGAGGAGUUUGAACUUUACAUGUCGGGCCAGACGUCCCCACACUGGCCACAACCCACUGCGGCCUCCUCAUCCUCAGGCACCGCAGCUCUCACCCACGUCCACAACAGUUUGGACCUGCUAACCGGGCUCGGCGAGAGACAGGAGCGGGUCAUAGAGAAGGCUCGGCAGCUAGAGAGCGACCUGAUAGACUGGACAGAUGAAGUGGAGCAGAAAGUGCAGAGCGCGCUGGAGAGCUUUCCAAUUGAGACACAAAACACCACAGCGAACGCCGCUAGCGCGACAGCAUCUUCAUCGCUGUCCGCAAUCGACUCUGAAAAUAUUGAGAACGAGCAGCUGCCCCCGCCGCUGCAGCCUCAGAUGUUUGCUGGCUGAUAGGAGAACAUCUGUUCUGCAGGAACUCACCUGGAGGUUCCCCUGUUCUCUUUACAGUCCAUAUGCUCAUACAGCAUCUGUUGGAUCUGGAUCCACUUUUCAUCCAAACCAUGUUUGUUCCGUCCGUCUGUUACCUUAGAAGCUAUAAAAACAUGCUGAGCAGUAAUGUAACCGUUAGGAUUUUAGUAAGUGUGCUUAUUUACCUUCCUGCUGAGAUUUAAAUGAGAAAAUAGAUUCACUGUAAGCUGCAGUCACAUGUUCAUCUUAUCGACUGGUCAAAGGAGGUAAAAAUCCAAUGCAACAGACGUACAUUACCUCAGACCUUGGUAAGAGGUGGAUUUGGACGCCUUAGUUUUAAGCAAAGCUGCUCACAGAUGCAAUAGUAAAGGUGCAAUGAUCUUCUCAUUUACUUCAACAUAAAAAAUAAUUGGUCAAAUUCAACCAUAGCUCCACAUGUGAUGGAACAAUGGAGAAUGUCAGGGCAGAAUCCCCUGAUCAUCUAUCGUGGCUCCUUUCUUUGCAUAGGAGGAAAACACUCCGCUAUAAGCUCUUCCAAAACAUAGCUCCACGUCAUCCACUACCUGCAGCACCUCAGUACUUUUUAUGGUUGUUACAUUUGUGCAGUAUCGAUAAAUGGUGUUUUUGAUUCCUAAACCUUCAGGCAGGCUGUAAUCUGGUCAGUAAACAUCUGAUCAAGCAACAGAACAGUAAAUUAUUGUUUAUAGAAACCAAAAAGAAAGAAAAAAUCUGAAUGACUGAACUCGCUUGUCACCGACAUCACCCUACAAGUCGUGCUUGUGGUUUACGUUGAAUUUAGCUCGUAUUUCCCAGAAAUAAACCAGAAGGGAAAGGCCGUGUGCCUGCAGUGAUUGUGCGUGUGGAUAAACAUGCAUGUGUGCUGCAUGCAACUUCCCUUCAGCAAGUUUUCCAGUAGUACGUCCAAAUGCUGUCUAGUCUGGUUUUCAUGACCUGUCAUCAGAUUUUAUUUUUCUAUAAAGUGUCACAAUAUCAAUUCUUCCUUAUGACUUUACACUUGUAAUAUUUACAAUAGUAAAAGAGCAUGGAUAUGAUUUAAUAUGAAUUCUGAGUUAUCUGGUUUUCAACAGGCAGAUGUCUCUGCUAAAAGAACAGUCUUAGAUUAAGUAUCAUUAUUUGCUCCAUGAAAGCUUUUCAUUUUAGACCAAAACAAUGUUACUGUUUUCUUGCAAAAACAGGACGCAACAGUCACUUUUUAGCUUAAGUCGCUUCUUUUUAGUUGCUGCGCUGCACUUUUCUUUUGAUUUUAAAGCUCCUUAUUCAGAGUCAAAUUCCAGCUUUUAUCAGGUGAGACGUUGUCAGACGGAUGGUAAAGAACAUUGCUUAUUGCCAUGUAUCUGUAUUUUUCGCAGACUUGCAGUGGAAAAAUAAAAUGUUGGCUGGUAGUUUGAAAAACAAAUGCAAGAGGCACAUAUUUCACAUUUGCUGAUGUGCUUGAAUUUUAACUUUUCUUUUAUCUUACACAAUUUUAAUGUAUUAUGACGAUAUUUGCAACUGAAGAGCCUUGUGCACCUGCUGUUUGAAAACAGGCUCUUAUAAUGCGUAGCUAUGGCUUGAACAUCUUUUAAGUUUGCACUGAAACCUGAAGUUAUUGAACAAGUGUUUUAAACCAUUUGUUUGAUUAUAGGUUUGUUAUAGUUUCAGGUCAGAGAGAUUAACUCAGAACUGCCUUUAAUUUAAAACGUAAUUUAUUGGGACAGUUUUGUUCUAUGGGAGUGCGAUGAUGAUGAAUAAAAUCAAAACUCAGUACUUGUA